GCACAGCCGUUGGGGGUUGGCGGGGACACAGGCAGGGGCUGCCGCAGCUGUGCCCUUAAACUGGAGCCUUGUUGCCAACGCGGAGAAAUCGCCUCUGGGCUCACGGGUGGCUGUCUGUCCCAUGUCCUGCUGAACGCGCCCAUGGGAACAAGUAUCCCUUGACAGUGAGGCCUGACUUAACUUCAACUUUGUGGGCUUUCAACUUCAUGUUGGUACCAGAGCCGUCAGAAAAUCCUCUAGUUCGCGUUUUCAUCUUUACCCUGGGUGCCAUGCCGCUGCGCCUCCUCCUCUUGUUCACCCUGCUGGGGCCCAGCUGCAGCCUCCAGCUGUGGGACUACUGGGAGGAUGGUGCCAAGGAAGUGUUGGGCCCUGGACUGGCCCGGGAACGGAGACAGGUGUACUCAUACGAAGCAGGGGAUUAUGAGUACCCUGAUGUGGGCACAGACCCCCCAGAAAUACGGACAAACAGCAUCAUGGCCGCAUCCUCACUCUUCAAGCUUCUCACCACGACGGCAAUACCAGGAACCUCAGAAUCAGCCACGGUGGAGGCCACCACAAGGGAUUCUGCUGGCCUAGAUGCAGGAGGGACAGCCAGGGAGAAUCUGAGUACAGAACUGACCACGCAGAGGGUGUCUGUUACUGUGGGCCUGCUGCCCACACAGCUGGCCUCCACGACAGUCCCUGAGACCCAGGCUGUGUCCACUGAGGAACCUCUGUCCACGGAGCCAGCCACCAUGGAGUCCGUGAGACAAAUGGCCAUGGAGGCAGAGACCACUGAACCAACAGCCACGGAAGUGGAUACCAUGGAGGUAACGACCACUCUCCCAGCAGCCACGGAGGUGGAGACCACAGAGGUGGAGACUACGAAGGCAGCAACCACUCCACCGACAGCCACGGAGGCCCCACCCAUGGAAUCCACAGUCGUAGAGGUUCUGUCCACAGAGCCAGAAGUCACCACAGACUCCCCAGCGGUGGAACUGACCACUCCCAUCACCCACACGCACACCCUCACAGCAGCCAGCAGUGACUCGGGAAUCAUGGAUAUGAAGAGAAGGAAGGAGCCUCCCUCUGAGAGCCCUGGGAGCCCCAGCCCCUCGGGUACCCCCGACCACAUCCCGGUGAGGCAGUGCCUGCUGGCCAUCCUGAUCCUGGCACUGGUGGCCACGGUGUUCCUCGUGUGCAGCGUGGUGCUGGCCAUCCGCCUGACACGCAAGAACCACAUGUACCCUGUGCGCGGCUACUCCCCCACCGAGAUGGUCUGCAUCUCUUCCCUGCUGCCAGAGGGCACCGACGGGGCCACGACCACGACCAACGGGCUUCUGCCCAAGGAGCUCGACCCGAAGGCAGAGGCUGCAGAGGAACGCAAAGAGGACACGCGCCCCCUGCACAGCUUCCUACCCUAGUUUCCUGCGCACCCGCUCUGGCUCCCUCUUCUCUCCAGGGCCUCCCGGGAGCCCUUGACCAGGGCAGCCUUAACCACCAGGUGCAGCUGCAGACUUUGCUCAUAGACUGGGGAGACCCUCUCCCCCGCUCCAGUGGCUCCACAUUUCCCAUAACCACCCUCCCAGUCCUCACGGCUGCACCCCCAUUUUCCCUGGGGCCCUGAAUCUCAGCCCCACGUACCCAAGGAUGACUGGGCUUUCCCCUGCCUCUGUCUUCUGGAUGCCAGUGUCCCAUGGGGGCAGGGCCACUGCAGAGCCAGGGUCCCCAGGGGCCACUUGUGCUGGCACAGCUGAGGUUUUUUCGGUUGUCUCUCCAGGGAACCCAGGAUGAAGCCUCGCCUGGGAGGUCAAGGGUGGGUCACCGAGCCCCGGGGAGAACCUUCCUGGGGACCCUGCAGACAGGCAGUCUCCACCCGGGGACUUUCAGCACCUACCCGCCUUUAGGGGUCCCCUCAGGGUGGACUCAGUCCUGCCCACUGCCCAGCCAGGGGACCAGACACAACAUGGGUCCUCAAUAAAGGUGUGAUGAACAAGUGA